AUGGUGCGGUGGUGGUGUGACGGUGGUGGUGGUGUGACGGUGGUGGUGGUGCUGUGUGGUGAUGUUGUGGUGCUGCACCCCCUGCAGAUCAUCACCUCGGAGGAGGCGGAGCGCCGCGGGCAGGUGUACGACCGGCAGGGUGCCACGUACCUCUUUGACCUGGACUACGUGGAGGACGUCUACACCGUGGAUGCCGCCCACUACGGCAACAUCUCCCACUUCGUCAACCACAGCUGCGACCCCAACCUGCAGGUCUACAACGUCUUCAUUGAGAACCUGGACGAGCGCCUGCCCCGCAUCGCCCUCUUCGCCACCCGCCCCAUCCGCGCCGGCGAGGAGCUCACCUUCGACUACAACAUGCACGUGGAUCCGGUGGACGCAGAGAGCACCCGCAUGGACUCCAACUUUGGACUGGCUGGGGGUGGCCUGAGCAGCUCCCCCCGUUCCCGGGGCCGCAUCGAGUGCAAAUGUGGGGCCGCUGCCUGCCGCAAGUACCUCUUCUGACCCCAAAUUCACACCAGGGAGUUGCAAACACACGUGUUGAACGCA